GUAAGUUUCUGUGCCAUGAAUUAUUUUAUCCGAAUCAAGAUUUUGCAAUGCUCGUUUCCGUGUGUCACGCUCUUUCUUUUAUUUUACUUUAGUAGCGGCGAACAGGUCUCAUGCUUACGGGAUUUUGUUUGUGCAAGAAAUUCAACCUCCUGGUAUGUCAACUGUGGUGGAGUAGAGCAACUGGAGGAUGGAAAAGUAUAUGAAGCUGACGUGGAACCAGGUGGUGCUACAUUUUUCUCUAUGGCUGAUAGGCCAUGGCGAUUUAGCAAUACUGGUCACUUCCUGGAUAAUGGUGGCGACGACACUUAUGUUUUGGAAAAUACUUCUAGGGUGGUAAACAACUCUAAAUUGUACAAAAGUGCACGAACCUCAGCCUUAUCUUUGACAUAUUAUGGUUCGUGCAUGCAUAAUGGAAGCUACACCGUAAGCCUUCAUUUUGCCGAGAUCCGUUUUACUGAUAAUGGAACAUUUAGCAGCCUUGGUCGACGUGUAUUUGAUAUCUAUAUUCAGGUACCUUCUCAUAGAUAUAUCUUAUAUUGUGAUGUAGGUUUCAGUUCAAUUGUUUUUGGCAGCUUAAUUGCUCAUCAUAAAUGGUUGGUACUGUGUCAGGGGGUGCUGGUGGAGAAGGAUUUUGACAUCAGUGGAAAAGCAGGUGGAGUUGGGAUAGCAAUUGUGAAAAAUUAUACUGUAUAUGUUACAACUAGUUUGGAAAUCCGACUCUAUUGGGCUGGAAAAGGAACACUCAAUAUCCCAAAUCGAGGAGUAUAUGGUCCUCUUAUUUCAGCUAUUUCUGUGAAUCCAAAUUUUUCGGUUCAACUCGAAGAUGGAAAUGGUGUGUCUGGAGGGAUUGUGGUUGGAAUUGUGGUUGGAGCAGUUUGCAUCAUCCUCCUAAUUCUAGGAGUUCUAUGGUGGUGGGGUUAUUUACGGCACAGAGAUACCAUGGACUUAGAGUUGACUGGCGUAACUGGUUCAUUUACGUUGCGGCAAAUUAAAGCUGCAACGAACAAUUUCGAUGUUGCUAAUAAGAUCGGAGAAGGUGGUUUUGGCUCUGUUUACAAGGGUGUAUUGCCAGAUGGCACCUUAAUAGCUGUGAAACAGCUUUCUUCCAAAUCAAGACAAGGAAAUAGGGAGUUCUUGAAUGAAUUAGGCAUGAUAUCUGCUUUGCAACACCCGCAUCUGGUUAAGCUGCAUGGAUGUUGUAUCGAAGGAAACCAAUUAUUGCUAGCGUAUGAAUACAUGGAAAACAACAGUCUUGCCCGUGCUUUGUUUGGGACUGAAAAAUGGCAGUUGGAACUUGAUUGGCCAACAAGAUACAGGAUCUGCAUUGGUAUAGCGAGAGGGAUGUUUUUUCUGCAUGAAGAAUCAAGAUUAAAGAUUGUGCACAGAGACAUCAAAGCAACCAACGUGCUGCUCGAUAAGGAUUUAAACGCCAAGAUUUCUGAUUUUGGUUUGGCUAAGCUUGAUGAAGAGGACAAUACCCAUAUAAGCACCCGUAUUGCUGGAACUUAUGGAUAUAUGGCUCCUGAAUACGCAUUGCGUGGUUACCUCACGGAUAAAGCCGAUGUCUAUAGCUAUGGCAUCGUUCUUUUAGAGAUCGUUAGCGGGAUGGCCAACACUGUUGACAGGACAAAGGAGAACCAUUUUGUUCUUCUUGAUCGGGCCGUUGCUUUAAAAAACGAGGGUAAUUUGAUGGAGCUAGUUGAUCCAAGGCUGGGUACAGACUACGACGUCCAAGAAAUGAUGGUGGUUAUAAAUCUCGCUCUAUUAUGCACUACGAUCUCCCCAACAGACAGGCCUGCGAUGUCAGCAGUCGUUAGCAUGCUCGAAGAAAGAACAGUUACACAGGAAUUUGUUGUUGAACAAAGCGUCUCGAUGACUGAAAUGAAUUGCGAGAAAAAGAUGAAGCAACUUGUGGAUAUGAAGGAGAGCGAAAUCGAAGAAAUGUCGAUCCUGUGCACUGAUUCGACAACUUCUGCUACCGAUCUGUACCCUGCCGAUGGUUUCAGUGAUUAUCUUCAUAAGAGAGAAGGCGACGGGAAGAGCAUGUUAUCUUAG